AUGGAGUAUUCACCCGAGGAAUAUUCUGCGAAGGAAUACGUGCCCAGAGAAUAUUCUCCCAAAGAUACAAGCAGCGGAGUCGAGCCGGAUGAUCGCUCCGAUGCCUCGGACUAUGAUUCCGACUUUAGUUUUGUAACGCCUUCUAUAUCAGAUGACGAUGGCGACGAGCCAUCUACUGAAUGGGGCCAAAAGAGGUUAAUGAAGCUGCUCAACAACGUUAGCGGAGCACCGAAGCGUGUAAUUCGCUAUGUCGAGAAGUACCUCAAAAGUACCAAGCUGAUCUUCGUGGUGGGCCAAACAGGCACUGGAAAAUCGACCAUUCUACAAGAAUUAACUGGCCUGGAUCUGAAUAUCGGGUACACAUUGAAAUCAGGUACUCGGAAGUAUGAAAUCUGCCCUGCCUUCAUCGACGGACAACAAUAUCUCUUCGUAGAUACGGCAGGGUUUGGCGCUGCCGACAUGGAUGACAUGGCCAAUUAUUAUAAUAUCAUGAGCUGCUUAGAAGUCCUUGGCCCUUUCGUCACAGUUGCUGGUCUUAUUUUUGUCUAUGGCAAAAUGGAGAACCGACUCCGAAAGGAAGAUCUCAAAACCAUUCAAUGGGUUCAGUGCUUCUGCGGUCCAAAAUUCUUCCGAAACGUCAUUUUCGUUACGAACCACUGGGAUACUUGGCACCCAAAGACUUUGGAAAGAACUUGGAACAAAGUCCCCGAAUUGCUUGGUCAGGAAGAUAUCAAGCGAAUUCUAAACCCACCAGGUCGCUAUCGUGGAGGUUCAGUGUAUCAUCAUGGCUUCCCAGGAGGUAAAGGGUCCACUGAUGGGUUCGAACAUAUCUUAGACCUUGAGGAAAACAAAGCUCAAAGACGCGACGAACUCCGGAAGUUAAUCCGACAACAUUACGCAAACGCAACAGGUAUAAAAUUACAAGUUGCCCGAGAGAUGGAGAGUGGUGUUCCAAUAUCGGAAACCGAAGCAGCCAGAGUAUUAAGGGAAGACCCGUUCAAAACUGAAAUUCACAUCCAGAAAGGUCACGCCCUCAUGUGGUUUAAGUCUGAUGGCGCACAAGUUUCAAGUCCCGCUCGAGAAACACAGUCAACACCAUCGACCUCGGAGUUACAGGUACAGCAUAAACAACUAACCGGGUCUGAACUAAGCACAUCUGACUCCAGUUCCGUGACUCAUGUAGGGAAGCCUUACGGAAACCAAAUUGUCAUCUACAACUCUUGCUCCCCAAAUCCACCGUCCAAAGAAGAUCGACAGGGCACGAAAAACACAGAGGAUGAAGAUCCAGCAUACGCCAAGAGUUGGUGGCAGAGAGCUUUUCAAUGGUUAAAAGCUGCCUUCUUCUCUGCCGGGUUUUUCAGAAGUCAUUCCAAUCAGGAGAUCCAGAGAAGCGUUGACUACCCACCUAGGUAUGUUGAAUCUAUUCGGUAG